UAACAUUUUAGUUUUAUUUAUAAUAUCUAUCCAAUUAUAAACAUUCUGCUAAAAAUCGAUUUAUAAUUAACAUGGUAAUUAAAGUUUAUGUUUCUGGAUCAUCUGGAAAUAAAGCAGUUAAAGCUAAUCAAAGAAAAGCAAUUGAUUUUUUAACAGCAUUGGGUGUUAAAUUAGAUAUAGUGGAUAUAAGUCAACCAGAAUUAACAGAAGAACGAGAUACAAUGCUGGCUUCAUGUAAAUCUGGAACAAAUGAUAAUGGAAAGUUACCAUUGUGCCCUCAAUUUUUUAACAGUGAUUUAUAUUGUGGAGAAUAUUCUGAUUUUGAUGUAGCAUUAGAAAAUGACACUAUUACUGAGUUUUUAAAAUUAAAAGAAUCUGAUAUGGUUGAAGGAAAGCCAUUACCUCCACAUGAUUGGCCGGAUAUUGAGAACCAGGAGAAAGAUGAGGCUGCUGUUAUGACAGAAAUAAAGGUCAGCGAGCAGAACGGCGAAACUAAGACGGAGGAAGUUCGAGAAAUUGGUAAAGAAAUUUCCGAAGAGAAAAAAUAUGUCAUAGAAACGCGGGAACAGAACAAAACGUCUGAAGUAAUUAAUGGAGAAGAAAAUAAUAAAACAAACCUCGGAGAAUUGAUCGAUUCCAAAUUUAACGGUAACACGUUGGAAGCAGAUAGAAAUUUCAAGAAAAAUGAGAUAAAGAUCGGUACUGACUCAAAUAAAGAUUCGAGUUCAUCUUCCGAUUCGAGUAGCAGUUCUUCCCCCAGUUCAUCGUCUAGUGAAUCUAGUUCUUCUUCCUCGAAACCCUCUUCAACUAGCCGUGCUAAUGCUGACGAUGUAAAGAAAAAAAUAGUUAUCCCUGCCGAUAAAAAUGUUGGGUCUAAAGUAUCUGCGUCGGCUUCUUCGAAAAUUGGUGACAGUAUUAACUCGAGCAAAAAGGAAGUCAAUGCGCCUGAUAUUAAAGCUCUUCCGCUUGGCCCGCUCAGCAAAAAGGAAGGCGAUGAUGAUGUAAAGAAAAAAAUGGUCGCCCCUGCCGAUAAAAAGACUAGAAUUCCUGAGUCAUCUUCUAAAUUAAAUUCUUCGACUCCCAAGGAUGCGUCAAAAAUAUCGGCGUCAACGACUCUAAAAACUGGUGGUGACAGUCGUAACGCGAUCAAAAACAUAACCAAUACGCCUAUUAAAACUGUUACCCCUAGUCAGCUCAUCAAAAAGGGGGGUGAUGAUAAUCUAAAGAAAAAAAUUGACAUCCCCGUCGAUAAAAAGUCUAAGAUUCAGGAGUCAUCGUUUAAAUUCAAUUCUCCGACUCCCAAAGAUGCAUCGAAAACAUUGGCGCCAACGACAUCAAAAAUUGGUGGUAAUUGUGGUAUUGCGAUCAAGAACAAAAUCGAUACGCCUAAAAGUAAAACUGCUCCUCUUAGUCAGCUCAGCAAAAAGGUUAAACCUAACGACGGUAAAAGUGCCGAAACGUUGAAAGAUAAGCCUCCUUCGUCUAGUUCAUCCAGUACUUCUAGCGACAGUUCCAGUACUUCCAGCUCCUCGACUUCAUCCGAUUCCAAUUAA